GACCGGAUCGGCCUGCAGACCCUCUCAAUCGAGUCUCGAUUCCGGUCCCGCCCUUUAGCUCUAAGCUGAUUGGCUGAACGGGCCAAAGAGGAGUUAUUUAAAUUUCAGUUUGACGGCACCGUGCGCGAGCUGUUUGGACCGACGGGACACCGACUCUGAAAACGGGAAAAAAGUAGGACGAGAUGAAGCACGACUCAUCCGCCAGCCGGCGGAAGGGGAAAACCCCCCAGCGCCGCUCCCCCCUCCCGGCCCCGGGCCCGUCCAGGGGCUCCGCCCGGAGGAAGCCCCCUGCAGAGGGGGCUCCCAUUUCUCCCAGGAAGAAACGGUUCAGACCAGGAACCAGGGCCCUGAUGGAGAUCCGCAAAUACCAGAAGAGCACCGAUCUUCUGAUCAGAAAGGCGCCCUUUUCUCGACUGGUUCGUGAGGUUUGCGAAAACUUUUCCAGAGAGUCUCUCCGAUGGCAAGUGUACGCUCUGAUGGCCAUGCAGGAGGCUGCAGAGGCCUUUCUGGUCCUGCUCUUCUCAGAUGCCAACCUGUGUGCCAUCCAUGCCAAGAGGGUGACUGUGUUCCCUCGGGACAUCCAGCUGGCCAGGCGGAUCCGGGGGGUGGACAGUAUGUGACCCCCCCAGGACUGGACUGUGUUAUUUCAGUUUUAAAUAGGUUGUUUGUUUUAAAUGUUUUCUGUCAUGAUCAGUCUCUUUUGGGGGUUUUGGUUGCCGCUGAGGGGACCAAAGAAAAAGGUUGGGAGCUAAUUCUUGUAAAGCAGCUAUCCGGGUUUCUUGAGAAUGGUUUUCUUUCUAAAACAUCAUUUCGACGUGUAAAUAUUGAUCAUCACUGAAGUAAACGUAUUUAGUUAAGGUUUAAGUUUUGUCCAGAUUUAUUUUUAUUGUACUGAAUUUUAGAGAACACGUUUGUUAAAGUAAGGAUGUGUACCCCCAAAACGACUGACACAGCACUCUAUUAAGGAUAUGACACUGACCAAAGAGCAAUGAAUGGAUAAAGUUUUGUUUUAGGGGAAAUUAAAGGUUUUAGGAAGUAUUUUUAAAGGCACAGAAAGAAAAGUGAAAGGUGUGACAAAAGAAGUGACACUGAGACAUCAGGCUUCAAUCAUCCUGAAGAUCCAAUACCAAUCACACCUAUUUCUGAAAAGAAAACAUGAAUUUCCUCUAUAAUGCUGUUAUUUGCCUUUACAUACUAUUAUCACUUGGAUUUACACAGGUUCCUUUGGGUUGUAAAAGGAGUGAACUGUUCUGGAUGCAUUUUAAAUCUCUUAUAAGGGCUGGUGGUGGUGGUGUACAUUCAGAAAGCAGGUUAUUUCUAUCUAAUGUGAUAUCCCAGCUGUGUGAAUGAAUACACAUUUCCUCCAGAAGUUUUCAUUCCAGUGUUACUGAGCUGUGUGUGACCUUUAAGUCCACGGUUUAACAUCAUCUAAUGAAGAGGAGAUGGAGAAAGAAGACCGAUACCAGCAGCAUAACAAAUCCUAUGUAUGCAAUGCUACUUUUCCUAAAUGUGGUUGUAAGAAUUUUCCAAAGUUAAUGCAUUACAUUAAAUGUUAUUGAGAUGUCC